UCAAAGUACAACAGGCCAUACAAAAUACACAAUGAAAUGAAAUAAAAGAAUUGCUCAUCUCAUAUGUCGUCAUCCAGGACUUCAUUUAUUCAUUUCCUAACAAUGUUUCGGUGUAUAAUAUAACUAUAAAUGCGGUGUAGUAUAUGUGAUGACGACACAUUACUGUAAAAGUAACAAGUUUAUUCAUUAACAUCAAAACAAUCAGUAUUACAGUCACAGUAAACUUAAACAAAACGGAAAUUGAUUUCGAAGAAUCGCUACGCACGUUCACAGAGUCAAGGUAUUAUUGUGUGAAAAAAGUAUGCGUCAUAUAAAAACCAACUUAAGUUGAAUCUGCUCCUGCGCAUGCAGCAGUUAAUUCUUGAUCUUGAGCCAAUGGUGCAUAAAAUACGGCGCUCGUCGAUGCCAAAAAUUAGUUUCGGUCCAACACGCACCGAAUACACACGCAUAGUUUGCCUGAGCUUAAAAGUUAAAACUUAAAACAAACUGGUUGUAUAUUUUUACAGUGGAAUUUAGCAUAAAACUUAAAUUAUUCAAAACCAACGAAUUGUAAAUAAUGGAUCCGUUGGAAGUGCAACUUACUGAAUUCUAUCCUAAAGACAAUGCAAAGGCUUGCAAUACUGAAGAAUAUGAUUUAGUUCAAAACCCAGACAUGCCUACACCGAUUUUUCGCCGUGGAUGUAAUAUUUACUUCGCGGUUCGUUUCAAUCGCGAGUUUAACCCAGAAGAAGACAUUGUUCGCAUUGGUUUUGGCUUUGGUGCUAAGCCGCACGUUCUUAAAGGAACUCGUGUAAUCCUUCCUUUACUCAUUGAUCAGAAACAUCUUCCUCGAAACCCAACAAAAUGGGGCCUAUGCAUGACCAGCCACGAAGGUGACACUAUUACUCUUCAAGUACAUAUUCCUCCGAAUGCUCAAGUGGGAAUCUGGUCGUGCACAAUUCAAACCAACAUUAGAGGCCAACAACCUCGUAAUGAUUACAAAGUAGAAGAUGAUAUCUACGUGCUUUUUAAUCCUUGGUGCCCACAAGAUGGUGUUUAUAUGGAGAAUGAGGAAGAACGUAAAGAGUAUAUUUUGAAUGAAAAUGGAAAGAUUUGGUGUGGAACUUUUAAGAAACCAAGCGGAAAGAGGUGGAUCUUUGGUCAGUUUGAUGAUGUGACCCUACCAGCAGCUUGUUUGCUCUUGGAACGAUCGGGGUUAGCUCCUGCUGAUAGAGGAAGUCCUGUUUUGAUUGCUAGGGCCAUUUCUGCAGUGAUUAAUUCUGUGGAUGAUAAUGGUUUGCUAGAAGGUCGUUGGGAUGGCGAGUACUCUGAUGGUACCAGUCCCCACGCUUGGACUGGAUCAGUUUCCAUCAUGGAUCAAUAUUUAAGAACAGGUGGACAACCCGUGAAAUACGGUCAAUGUUGGGUGUUUUCUGCUGCAGUAGUGACAGUUUGCAGGACAUUGGGCAUACCUUGUAGGUCCACCACUAAUUAUGUCAGUGCUCAUGACACUAAUUGCUCUCUCACGGUUGAUAAAUAUUAUGAUUUGUUUGGAAACAAAAUUGAGAACGGUCCGGAUGGAGAUUGUAAUGAUAGUUGUUGGAACUUCCAUGUAUGGAACGAUGUCUGGAUGACACGUCCUGAUCUCCCGGUUGGUUAUGGCGGAUGGCAGGUUAUUGAUUCCACACCUCAGGAACAAAGUGAUGGGAUGUUUCGUUGUGGGCCUGCUUCCGUUGAAGCUGUGAGACGAGGUGAAGUUGGAUAUUUGUACGAUACUCCAUUUGUGUUUUCUGAAGUAAACGCUGAUAUUUGCAACUUCCAAGAAGACGAGACAUCUGAUUGGGGAUUUUCAAGAAUGUCAAUUAAUCAGUAUCAUGUUGGUAGAAAAAUUGUAACUAAAACUCCCAACGAAGAUGAUGACGAAGGAGAUUCUGAUCUCAUGGAUCUCACCAGAACAUUUAAAAACGCUGAAGGAACUGAAGCAGAACGUUUAGCAGUCUAUAAUGCCGUGAAAGGUGUCCCGAAAGCACAGCAGUUCUAUGAAAUUCCCACACCUGAACAAGAAGAUGUUUUCUUUGACUUAGUUGAUAUUGAUGCCAUCCCAUUCGGUGAUAGUUUCGAUGUGGUUGUGAAUAUUCAAAACAACUCAAAUCACAUCAGGAAUAUUAGCGCUGUUUUAUCGGCAUCGAGUGUCUUUUACAAUGGAGCAACAGCUAAACCUAUUAAAAGGGCUCAGGGAGUGUUUGCUGUAAAAGGAGGGGAAACGGAAGUGCUUAGAAUACAUGUCACAAAAGAUGACUACAUGGAUAAGCUAGUAGAUCACAAUCUGAUUAAAAUUUACUCCAUUGCUAAUGUAAAGGAAACCAGGCAGACAUGGAGUGAGGAAGAUGAUUUCACCAUGACCAAACCAACAAUCGCGGUUGAACCACAAAAUGAUUUUCAUGUGGGAGAAGAAAAUGUUGUUACUUGCUCAUUUGUUAAUCCACUAGCUGAUGACUCGCUAGUUGAAUGCACCUAUUCCAUUGAAGGUCCAGGAGUGACUAAACCGGAAGUAACCGCGUAUCCCGAUGUAGGACCAGGUGAAACUGUCACUUUCGAAGGAGUAUUUACUCCGAGGCGACAAGGACAGCGAAAAGUAGUGGCUACGUUUACAUCGAAACAACUUCAUGGUAUCUGCGGAUCUAAAACUAUUCAGAUUACAUAAAAAGUUAUAUUUAAAACUAAUAUUUUUAUAUUUAUAUUUUAUUGAACAUGUGCCAAUGCAACAAAGUUAUAAAUUAUUGAAAAUUAAUUGGACUUUGCGAAAUUCACUUUAGAAUUAAGUGAAUUGUAAUUGCAUUGAUUAAAUAUUAAACCUGCAAUUUUCUUCAAAA